AUGUCCACAGGCCACAGUGCACCCCAGCCCGGUCCCCUGGCCUCUCGACGGGGCAGUGAGGAUGGACAAUUAUCCAGGAAUGGUGCACCUGGGCUGCCUGUGGCGGCGAUCCCAUCCCUGUCCUUUGACGACGGGUGCACGAGCACCACGUCGUCUGUGUUCUAUGAUGCCGUGGGCGGUGACCAAUCGGAUGCCGAGACCUGUACAGACACCGCCACCGACACAGAGGGGGAUGGGGGGUCUUUCGCGGGGUCUUUCGAGGGGUCUUCCAGUGAGGACGAGGAUCACUCGCACCGUCGGAAAGGGCUGGAUAUCAAAGUGUACACUCCCAAGCACAGCAUGUUUGCUGAUCCGUUGACGUUAGCUGUGUGCGUGCGGUUGAAGAAGUACACCGUCACCACUAACCUGGGGCAGUCUGCGCACAUGCGUGAACCGUGUGUGUGUUAUGAGGUGUAG